AUGAGUGCGUUGCGCAGCAAGCAGGGUGAUGCGGCCACCCACUCCUCCGCCACCGCGGCUACGUCGCUGGUCCCCCCUCCUGCGCCGCUGCGGGUGCACCCCCCCACGCCCGAGCAGGAGAGGGAGAUUUUUGAUCGUGCGGUGCGUGAUGUGGAUGCGUGGCUCGCGAGCCCCCGUUUCGCGGGCAUCAAGCGCCCCUACACGGCGAAGGAUAUUGUGUCGAAGCGGGGAUCGAUGCCGGUGAUCCCCCCCGGUUCGUCGCUGAUGGCCGACAAGCUCUUUGCGCUUUUGAGCGAGCACGCGCAGAACCGGACGGUGGCGCACACGCUCGGUGCGGUCGACCCCGUGCAACAGUCGCAGAUGGCGCGCAACCAGGACGUGGUGUACGUCUCGGGCUGGGCGGCGUCGUCGGUGCUGACGACGUGCAACAACGAGGUGGGCCCUGAUCUGGCGGACUACCCCUACACCACCGUCCCGAACCAGGUGCAGCGCCUGUUCAAGGCGCAGCUGCACCACGAUCGCAAGCACUGGGACGAGCGCUGCCACAUGACCGAGGAGCAGCGCACCAACACGCCGUGGGUCGACUAUCUGCGCCCGAUCGUCGCCGAUGGCGACACGGGCCACGGCGGCCUGAGCAGCGUGUUCCGCCUGGCGAAGCUCUUUGCCGAGCAUGGCGCGGCCGCGAUCCAUCUCGAGGAUCAGCUGCACGGUGGCAAAAAGUGCGGUCACCAGGCGGGCAAGGUGCUCGUCCCCACGUCCGAGCACGUCAACCGCCUGACGAUCACAAGGUUUGCGUGGGACAUCCUCGGUUCGUCGAACCUGCUCAUUGCGCGCACCGACUCCGAGUCGGCGAAGCUCAUCUCGUCGACGGUCGACGCGCGUGACCACGAGUUCAUCAAGGGCGCAUACAACCUGCCCGACGGCAUGAAGAACCUCGCCGAGACCCUCGCCGAGAAGGAGUCGCAAGGCGCCGUCGGCUCCGAGCUCGACGCGGUCGAGGCCGAGUGGAGCGAGAACGUGAUGCUGCUCACCUUUAACGAGGCGGUGGCGCACCACAACGCGUCGAACCCCAGCGGGCUCCAAGAGUACGACCGCCGCGUCGACGGCGGCGUGUCCAACAGCGAGGCCCGCCAGAUCGCCGCCGCGAUCUUUGGCCCGGACGGCGUGCCGCGCUGGGACUGGGACGCGCCCCGCACCAGGGAGGGCUACUACCACUUCAAGGGCGGCAUCCAGGCCGCGAUCAAGCGUGUCAAGACCUUUGCGCCGUAUUCGGACAUGCUGUGGCUCGAGACCAAGACGCCGGACCUGGUGCAGGCGCAAGGCUUUGCUGCCAAGAUCCACCAAGACUUCCCCGGCAAGUGGCUCGUGUACAACCUCUCGCCCUCGUUCAACUGGAGCGCGCACGGCUUCUCCAACGACGACCUGCGCAACUUUGUGUGGGAUCUCGGCCGCGCGGGCUUUGUCUUCCAGCUCAUCUCGCUCGCGGGCCUCCACUCGAUCGGCGCGACGACGUGCGAGCUGAGCCGCCGCUUCCAAAAGGACGGCAUGCUCGCCUAUGUCGAGCUGAUCCAGCGCAAGGAGAAGGAGCUCGGUGCGGAUAUCCUCACGCACCAGAAAUGGAGCGGUGCCAACUACAUCGACCGCGUCCUACAGACCGUGAGCAGCGGCACGAGCGGCACCUCGAGCAUGGGCGCCGACUCGACGGAGCACUCGUUUUAG